AAUAAGAGAAAUAGAAAUUGAUCGUAAAUUAAAAGUAGUAGCAUUUCUGCUUGAAAAACUAUGCGCGUGUGCUCGUGUACGUCUGACUGUAGGUGUGUGCGUGUGCGUGCGUGUAUGUGUGAGUGAAAUUCCAACAAUGCGCAGGGAGCGAGCUGGCUGAAAUUUCUUUAUGCAAAGCGUACGCAACAAAAACGAAGAAGCCACCGAUAAAGCAGGGAAAAUUUUUAUAUCUUAAUCGCAAAGUCUAAAGUUCAGUCCACAUAUCAUUCAAGUGAUUGGCAUGCCGUAGCUGCAGUAGCCGAAGCAGCAGCAGCAGCAGCAGCAUUAGCAGCCCCUUAAUGGAUCCAUAUCAUCAUAUCAGACAUCAUUAUCCACCCACUAGCACAGCCAGCUCAACUAUUGUUGGCAGCGGCACCGUCACCAACACCGGCUCAGUCAAUCGACCAGAAUUGCAUCAAAAAUGCAAUCGUGGCUCUCAUUCAAGUGACACAAGUUCAGCGUACAGCGGCAGCGACACAAUGGCCUCUGUCUAUGGCUCAUCCCUGGAGGCCGAGGAGAUUGAUCUCUCCGGCCUCGUUGAGUCUGUGGUGGACUCCGAUGAGGAAGAUCUAGCCGAAAGCAUGGAUAGCCUAAACGUGCGAGAUGCCGUACGCGAUUGUCUCGAAAAGGAUCCAUCAGAGCGCAGCGAAGAUGAUGUGGAAAUUCUGCUGGAGUUCACGCAGGGCCUCAAGGCAUUCACAAACAUAACGCUAGCGGUGCGACGGGCCCUCUGCUCGGUGAUGGUGUUCGCUGUGGUGGAUAAGGCCGGCACGGUGGUCAUGUCGGAUGGCGAGGAGCUCGACUCCUGGUCGGUGCUGAUCAACGGUGCCGUUGAGAUCGAGCAUGCGAAUGGCACACGCGAAGAGCUGCAGAUGGGCGAUUCGUUUGGCAUUUUGCCCACCAUGGAUAAGUUGUAUCAUCGCGGCGUGAUGCGCACCAAGUGCGAUGAUUGUCAAUUUGUGUGCAUUACCCAAACCGAUUACUAUCGCAUCCAGCAUCAGGGCGAAGAGAAUACGCGCCGGCACGAGGAUGAGCAGGGCCGGGUGGUAAUGGUAACCGAGCUGCGUUCGAUUGGCGGCAGCGGUGCAGAGAGCGCGACGACAACGGGCAACGGCUCGGCAUCGGCAAAUCUGAACACGAAGCGCGGUCAUGUGGUCAUCCGAGGCACACCCGAGCGUCUGCUGCAGCAGCUUGUCGAAGAGAACUCGAUGACCGAUCCAACAUAUGUGGAAGAUUUUCUGCUCACGCAUCGCAUCUUCAUACAGAAUCCACAGGAGGUGACGCGAAAGCUGUUGCAUUGGUUCGAUCUGGAGCAGGCGGACACGCACAAGACCCAAGAGCUGAGGGAUCGUGUCACGCGUGUCGUGCUGCUGUGGGUGAACAAUCAUUUUACCGACUUCGAGGCUGACCACGAGAUGAUGGAGUUCCUGGAGAUCUUUGAGGCUGGCCUGGAAAGCAAGAAACUGUUAAGUCAACUGCGCUUGCUGCACAUCGCGUGCGCGGCCAAGGCACGCAUGCGCAGUUGCAUUUUAACGCGUUCCUCACGCGAUGAGGCGCUAAAUUUUCAAAUUAUCGGCGGCUAUGAGCUGCGAGGCGUGGCCGCAGCCACCGGCAAUGCCUCGGUUGGCAUUUACAUAUCGCACGUGGAGCCGGGCUCAAAGGCUCAGGAUGUCGGCCUCAAGCGUGGCGAUCAAAUCCAUGAGGUGAAUGGCCAAUCGCUGGAUCAUGUGACCAGCAAGCGGGCGUUGGAGCUGCUGACGGGCACCACGCACCUGAGCAUUCAGGUGAAAAGCAAUUUGCUGGGCUUCAAGGAGAUUAUGCAAGCACUGGAGCAUGGCAGCGGCAGCAAUUCAGCUGGCGGCGGCAGCGGCGGCGGCAUCAGCAGCAGCGGCAACGGCAGCUUCAAGAGUUUGCGCAGUCCGCGUCGCAUUUGCGCCAAUGAUAUUGCCAAGCUGCAUGGCCGCAGCGACAGCACCACCGAAGAGCUAACGAGCCGAGCGCACAUGGUGCGCCUGAGUUCCGUGGACAUGUUGCUCGAUCAGCCGGACUGUGCGCCGCCACAGACGCCGCCCGUGAGCGGCGGCAACAUGGCUGCAAAUUUCAUGCAACAGCUGCUGCAGAGCGUCAACUCGAACUCGGCCAAGAAGUGCAGUGCCGAGGAUGGCAAGCCGGGUGGAUUUAUGACGCUGGCGCCGAAGCGUCGACUGCAGAAAGCCUUGGCCAAAAUGAAUCUACUCAAGCAGCAGCAGCCGCACGUGGGCAGCCUGAACGACAGCGCCGAUACGCUGCUCAAUGAGCCGCAAUCGAAGCCAAAGCUGUCGACCGCCAGCUCGGGCAGCAGCAGCUGCAAUUCGACCAACGGCGGCUGCAAUGCCACCACUGUCGGACGUUUGUAUCAGUCGCAAUCGAAUCCGGAUCUGAGCAGCCUCAACUAUGACAACAACAUUGAGUCGUCUGGCACGCUGCAGGUCAACUAUUUGCAGUCUCACAUCCAUCGCCCCUCGGCGGCCAGCACGCUGACGAGCAGCUCCAUGCUGCCGCCGGACUAUCCGGAACAUGUGCUCAAGGUGUACAAGUCGGAUCAGACGUGCAAGUAUGUGCUCAUCUACAAGGAGACGACGGCCCAUGAGGUGGUCAUGUUGACACUGCAGGAGUUUGGCAUCCAUGAUCCCAGCUCGAAUUUCUCGCUGUGUGAGGUGAGCGUUGGGGAGGGCGGCAUGGUGAAGCAGCGUCGCCUGCCCGACCAGCUGCAGAAUCUGGCCGAGCGUAUCAGCUUUGCGGCACGCUACUAUCUCAAGCUAAACGACAGCACCGAGCCGCUGGUGCCGGACGAGCUGGCCCUGGAGCUGGUGCGCGAGUCGGGCGUUCAUUUUCUCCAGCUGAACGCGUAUGAGCUGGCCAUACAGCUAACACUGCAGGACUUUGCGAACUUCCGGCAGAUCGAGUCCACGGAAUAUAUCGACGAGCUGUUCGAGCUGCAAUCGAAAUACGGCGUGCCCAUGCUCAGUAAAUUCUCGGAGCUGGUGAAUCGUGAGAUGUUCUGGGUGGUCAGUGAGAUUUGCGCCGAGCACAAUAUCGUGCGGCGCAUGAAGAUCGUGAAGCAGUUCAUCAAGAUAGCGCGCCACUGCAAGGAGUGCCGCAAUUUCAACUCCAUGUUUGCCAUCAUAUCGGGACUGGGCCACGGCGCCGUGUCGCGCCUGCGCCAGACCUGGGAGAAGCUGCCCUCGAAAUAUCAGCGGCUGUUCAAUGAUCUGCAGGAUCUGAUGGAUCCCUCGCGCAACAUGUCCAAGUACAGGCAGCUCGUAUCGGCUGAGCUGCUCGCCCAGCAUCCCAUCAUACCGUUCUAUCCGAUUGUGAAAAAGGAUCUGACCUUCAUCCAUUUGGGCAACGAUACUCGGGUCGAUGGCCUGAUCAAUUUCGAGAAGCUGCGCAUGCUCUCCAAGGAGGUGCGCCUGCUGACGCACAUGUGCAGCUCACCCUACGAUCUGUUGGCCAUAUUGGAGCUGAAGGGCCAGACGCCAUCGAAUGCGCUCUUCUCGCUCAACCAGAUGUCCGCCUCGCAGAGCAAUGCCGCUGCCGGCACGGUGAUUGCGGCCAAUGCCGGCCAGGCGACGAUCAAGCGACGCAAGAAGUCGACCGCGGCGCCGAAUCCCAAGAAAAUGUUCGAGGAGGCGCAAAUGGUGCGACGGGUGAAGGCCUAUUUGAAUAGUCUCAAAAUACUGAGCGAUGAGGAUCUGCUGCACAAGCUCUCGCUGGAGUGUGAGCCACCGCACGGCUCCACCUACUCGGGCAGCAUAUCGCACGGGAAUAGCUCGCAUCGCAGCGCCGGCAGCGGCAGCAUCAAUGCCGGCAACACCGGCACCGGCAGCAUCAAUGCCGGCGGGGAUCAGCUGAGCAUCUAUUCGCACACCAGCUCCAGUUCGGCGCCAAAUUCAUCGCUGUCGCUGCGCAAGCGACACCCCAGCUCGCCGACGCUCUCCACGACCAGCUCGACGAGCUCCACCAGCGACAAUCAGCGUCGCCAGCAGCUGCACAACAAUGGACCCAAAUUCGGCACCGCCUCACCGCAGGCCGUCAAGAAAAUGCUCUCGCUCUCGGAGUCUUCGAAAAUACGACCACAUCAGCCGUUCGUGCCGCGGCACAGCUCAGCGCUGCCCGGCGUCCUGCCGCCGCUGCAUCAUUUACAUGCGGCGCAUGGCUUCAGCACGCCGGCCGGCGCCGGAGGCGGCAUUGUGCCAGCUGCUGGUGCUGUGGUGCCGCCGGGCGUGGCCAAUGCUCAGUGCACGCCCAGUCCCAGUCCGUGUGCACACCGACGUCUGGCAUCGGGAGGUAACAUAAUGCCCACACGUGCGAUACACGAGCGCUCGCACUCGGACACGCCCGCCCCGCCGCCGCCGUUGCCAUCGGUGGACCUAUCGCUGGAGAGCAGCAGUGUGACAACGUUUCGUGACUUACCGUUGCGCAAAUCCGUGACUUCCGGUUCAGUAUCGUCGUGUGAUAGUGGGCAUGGCUCCUACGCCCAACAGCAGCCGCAGGCGCCGCACCAUCCACAACACCACCUGACAUACCAUCAGCAGCAACAACAACAACAACAACAACAGCAGCAGCAACAAACACAACACAAUGAACCGCCACCGCCCGUUUAUACGGCUGCCGAUUGCCGCCUGUUGCAGCAAAUUUCCAACAAUGCCGUUACACGGAAUUUGAAUAGUCCCUGUCAGAGCACGAGCACUCCACCUAGCACACCCACACCACCACCACUAGCACCACAAACACUACAACAACAACAACAACAGCUACCCCAACUGCAACCACCAACAGCAUCCAUACAGCCACCACAGCUUCCUGCACCGCCAGCGCCUUAUAUACACAUGCGCAGCCACCAGCAGCUGCAGCAAAUCCAACAGCAAUUGGCCAUGCCACCUCCACCACCGCCGGUCUACACCAGCAGCCUGUACAAUCAUCAUCAUAGCAAUGCGACUAGCAGACACCUGAACCACAUGCAUGGUGGACCGCCAAAUUUUAUGGAUAGCACCAAGUGCACCAUAUGUCCCAUGCCACCAAUGAAUCAAUAAAUCAAACUGUGCUGUUUUAACUACUAAAUGUUAAUUUAAUUAGUUCAUAUAUAUAUAUGCCAAAAUUUGUUAAAU